AUGGAAGGCAACAAUGAAUAUUUAGAUAUAUGUAUUUAUUUAAAAACUUUUGAAGAGAAUAUGGACUUAUUAGUUGCGACUUUGCUAAACCUAAAUGAAGGAAGUUGGACAGGGGGAAAAUUUUAUAAUAUUUUAUAA